AUGUCGACAACUCUCGAGCCAGAAGCGUUACUUCAAGCAGUCUUUUAUCACAUAGUUCUUCCUUCCAAACUACCUAGUAGAAACGACGCGGAUAAUUCUGGCCUGGCCUAUGAUCUUGGAAGUCGGCUUUGGCGCGCUUUGGCCAAGUUCAGUAACGAUCAUGACCAGGACACUUGGAACGUCCUAAUCAGCUCCAUGAAAGCUACAGCAUUUCUGAACCAGGGCCAACUGAUCAGCCACGAACUUCUGGAGUUGUUUCAAAGCAUCGCUAGCGGCGAGAAAAACAUGUGGCUUGCUCUGUUCGUCACUCAACAGAAUGCUGCUCUGCUAAUCCAUCGCAAUGACAUUGAAGAAACAGUCGUUUUCGAAGCAUUUCAGACCGAUGCGCCGGUUAAAGAUGUUCUCGCAGCAAACAAUGGCCUUACGUGGGAAUUUCCCCAUCGUUCAGUCCAAGUCCCACUCAACGUUUUCAGCGACAUGUCCUUCAUGAGAAACCUGUCCCAGUUUUUGGCACAGGCAAGCUAUGAAUCCUUUGAUCAGUUCGCGGCGAGGGCUUCCAAGGGCGGACAAUCAAUUGCCGAAUCCCGCGACUCCACGGAUCCUGCCCUCGUAAUUGACAUGCUCAUGUCACUUUUGGAGGGGCUUGGGAGUGGCGUACAAGUUCAGUCGGUCGGUAAGAAAGUUCGGGAUGACGUUGUUUUGGGAUCAUCUGAGAUUCCCUGGAGGCGCUCGCCGUACUGGCUAGUUCUCCGUGUAGCAUUGAGGCGCAUGCUACGAGAAAUGCUAGACCACAAAUGUGCCGGCGAGGGACGAGUCUAUUACAAGUUUAUUAUCUGCGCCAUGUUGGCUGAGCUUUUCAACGACUGUGUUGAACACCUGCACCCCGAGAUGACGUUGCAGCUUCGAUCAAAGCUCUGCCGCCGCAUGGCAAAACUCAAAGCGGACAGCACCGCGUCUCCACCGUUUUUGCGCCCAUUGUAUGACCAACUUUUCGCUUCUACGUCGGGAGAGAUUGAGAACAUUGUGAAGCAUGUAACAAAACGAGUUUCGUUACAAUGGGAUGACUUCAAGGCCAGAGUUACUCGCCGCAUUCCAACUCUUCCGUGUCGCGUUCCAGAAGCUGAUCUAUACAUGAGACUGGAUAAUAGUGAGACCUUUCUGAAAGCUCAGCUGUCGCAAAAGUUCAAUCCUAUAUCCCGUACUAGCUCAGAGGAUUUGCCCAAGGUACAAGAGGGAACAAUUCUCGAAGUUGGUCGUCUGGCCGACCGCUAUAUUUCCCUUCAGGACAGUGAGAACGCUGUGGCUAUGAAAAUGACAACCGGCUCGCAGAAACCGCAACAACUGUGCAUAUCACUUUCUAUGGGUAUUGUGGAUCUACUUAGCAUUGUGGGAGAAACCUUCGACAAUGACUCGAUUCUGAUGAGUCGCCACCUUCUCAGACUUUUCGAGCUUUGGACAAACAUGGACGAAGCGGCAACCUCUACGUGUCCAUUGCUCAAAGAAUAUCAUCCCUUGUUCAUUCCUGAUGCAUUGGAUGUACUUUGCCUGAUGACCAGGGACGAGAUGAAGCGUUUGUUACGAGUACAGCAAUACAUUCGCAAGCGUGUGGCUUCACACAAAAAAGGCCAGGGUACAAUCUUCGAUGCCCCCAGACAAGCGUCGUCGUUUCCCGCCAGAUAUGUCGCUUCCACUGCGGCUGGUCACCAGAUGUUGAUAACCGCCACGUUGAUUGACGAUGCUUCAUUGACGGCCCGAAGAUCAACCCUAUCCAAGCUAGAACGGCUGACGAAAAGGUAUGACAGCUUGACACAGUCAAUGAACGACCUUACCUGUACAUGUACCGUAUCACCUGACGGCAAAAAGAUUGUCCAUGGCUGCCGAAGAUGUCCGAAGUUCUGGCAGCGAAGAAAGCUCAAGAUCAGCGUUCAUGAAGACUUUCUCCCAUCAGCGGAUACUGACCAGCAUAAUGCCCAACGGGCAGCAAUCCUUGUUGAGCUACUUAGCCCUCAGUACUUAUCUGCCUAUCGUACAGCAACCUGGCGGUUGUAUCUUCUGGGUACCACGGUUCAUGCAAGCACCAAGGCCGUCCCCAAACUGCUCCUUGAAGAUGUCACCAAUCUCAAGAAGUUUUCCCUAGUGGCCAAUAACAUCUUCACGCUUGCUUCGCGCAAGAAGUCCUUCCGCCAAACUCACUAUGGCAAGCUUUGGGCGGACGAACUCCCUAAGAUCCCUUGGUAUCAGCACCUUUUAGGUCCUUGGCUUCCACAAGGCCUCCCGGAUCCAUAUGAAACGCCAAGAGGAGUACUAGGCCUGCUUCUACACCAUCCCUCUUCUUACGAGAUCGUAGCAAGCGAAUCAAUGGGACCGCAAUCUACAUCUGGUAACGAUUUCUGUGCUUCCCAGCGAGCAGUUUCUGCACGAGGUCGACGCUGGCUCGAGAUCCUGAAGGAAAUGGCAGCUUCCAAUUUCGACUUUAGUAGUAGAGCUACAAAUUCUUUCUUCCAUCGCCUUGCUAUGCAGGCCGGCCCAGCUGCACUGGAAGAAGGAAUACUGCGUGAAGUUCACAGUUUCUUCAACAGUGAAAAGUUCUGUUGUAGACUGAAAGAGCGCCUCGAGGCUUGGAUGGAUACAAUGGAACAGAAUUGGAGACAAGUCGAUCGGAUGAGUACCGUUGUGAUAUUUAGUCUUCGGCUAUAUCACCUUUGCCCGCCAGCAUUCAAAGUACAGGCUCAUGAACUGCUGUUGAGAGCCCGUUCUAUCACCUCAAACUGGAUUCUGCAAUUACAGCAUGAGGUCAGAUCAACGCUUGACGGCGACCUGGCCGGCAAGGCCGCUACCUUUGCUUUCUGGGCCGCGUUACUCUGUCGCCAGACAUUCUGGGGAUGUUUGGGUCAUGAUGACUUUGAAGCAACUGUGCUCAAAGAUGAUCCGUUGCCUUUCUUCCGAUCGUCAAUCGCACUUCAGGAGAACCUGCUUGAUACUUCGGAUAAAUUGCCCACUCACUUGCGCAGCCUUCUUGCCCAAGACAUGUCUGCCUGUUAUCAGAUGAGGACAAUCGUCGAGAAGUGGGUGAAGAGCGACAUUGGCCUGGUAGAGAAGGCAAUUAAUGAGACAUGGGCCAAUGCCAGCGCUCUCGCUAAGAGGUCUUACUCCCCGUGGAAGAAACUUCCAGGCAAACACUCCUCGUGGAUUUCAUCUCAAACCACCCCUAGUGGCUCAUUGGCUUCACAGAGAGUACAUUAUCAUAUACUUCAAGGUCAUCUGCUAGUGGAUCAAAAGCCCCUGGGAAGGCUUCCUCUUGAGAUUAGAGAUGAUGAAUCUAUGAAGGAGCUUUUCGAGGAGCGACACUUACUAACACGGCCAUCCGGGCUCUUGGACUAUCAGGUCCUUACCGAAAUGGAAGGACACCAAAUCCACGUCGGGAUCAGGGAUAGUAAAUUAACCAUUAAAGCUCUAUUCAGAGGCUCCAUUCUUCAAUUCGUCCCACGCUCCAUGUUGAAAGGUCCCAUGGGCUGGGACUUACCUGCAGACCUAGUUGACGACUGCGUGCACUGGUUGGACUUGAGUACCGGAAAUCUCGAGAUGCGUCGAAAACCACGGAUCUGGAGACGCAAGUUAUCGAACUGGAUACUCGACAUCCGAAAGCGAAGAGCCACUAGAAAUACGGGGGCCAGUCUUGUUGAGCCAAACUCGGAGAUUGGAAGAAAAAUCGGCACUAUUUUCCAAGAUUUUGAAGACUUCAAGAGGUUGACUAUAUACCAACCUGCCAAUGGAGAGUUAUCCGUUGAGCUCAAACGCUUGGAGAUCCGCUUCCAGGUCAACCAGAGAGGUUUACUGUACUGCCCUCAGCUCAAGGCUGAGGUGGACCCUCAGCAAGAUAUUGGGACGCUCCACGGGCUACGCAGUCGAGUCACUCUACGCGAUAUCUCAAACCCUGAAAGAAGAAGUGUUCUUAUCCCAAUUGGGAACAUCCAAUGGCAGAGAGACGGAAUCCAUGUCGCUGUCAGGAUUUCCAACGAAGGAGUGUAUGCUAAAUACACACUCAACUCAGUCCUAGGCCGACUAGACUGCCCACCCGAGCCGCUUCUUCUUUACCUCAAGGCAGCAAUACAUGCACUAACCUCUUUCCCACUACUAGAUGACUUGACUGGAAAGACAGGAACAGAGGAGGCUCGCCAUUGUCUGCUCUCGCCUCGCAGUCAGCCUUGGACUCCUUUGGCGGGCUUCCCACAGAGAAUGCUGUCUGUCAUCAAGUCUCUAUCGCCGGAAAGAACUCUCUACCCCCCAGGCAUCAAUCUGUAUCAGAAGGUCCGAUGGGAUCAGCAUUUAACUUCCACUAUCCAACAUGAAGACUUGGCUCCUCUAGUCGCUCUAAUUGAACGUCGGUCACGGGACCUAGAGAUCUUCAGUAUGACACAAAGUCAGCAGGAAAAUGUGUCAUAUAACGCGUCUGUGGCUCGCUUGCAAAUCAGAGGCCGUUUUCGAAGACAGAUUUAUGAGCGUGUGUGCUUUGAUUCUGAUUCGACGAUUCUUUCUCAGGCGGCACAAACAGAUCACUUCGUCCCUAUUAGAGACCGAAAGUCAUCUGUGAAGAGCUGCCGAGUUUAUCAGACCAUUCGUGCGAUGAUGGAAUCUGGUACUGGUGCAAUUCGCUUUUCCAAGCUUGCUCCAAUUUUGGAAAGGUGGAACACAUUUCCUGGUGUCAAGGAGUCCUUAUCAGAUAUCGAUCUAGCAGCGAGCUUAGAGGUUGGAGCGCCACAACUUUGGGGGGAACUUGUUCGGAAGCUCCAUGAAAAAGACCCGGCAAGAACUUACGAGAGCCAUUUCUCCUUAGCCUUGUUAGCGUUCAGCGACGACGUUGACAUCGUCGUGAUAAUGUGGCUUGUGGCGCUCUUUAAAAGCAAUAGGUUUAGUCGUAUCCAGCCGCCUAGCCAUACCCUGUUCACAAACUUCCGCCAUUUUGAAAAGCCGUCCAAGGAUGUGGUUCAGUCGCUAGUGCUACCAGAACCACUCGAUGACGGUUAUAGUGGCCCAGUGCUCCAUGACAAGCCUAAGACAGAUGCGGCGUCAAGAAUCACGUCCCGUAUGCUCAAGAUGUGGCCAAAUCCACCUCUUUCAAGACAAGAGUUCGAACUAUCAGUCAAAGACCUAAACGUGAACACCAGGGACUUCAGCCUAAAGAAAACAUGGCAGAGACUCUACCCCGAGCUUCGCAGACUGAAGUGUAAUUGGGAGCUAUCUGCUUAUCUCCUUGAGCUGGAGACCGCAGCAGACAGGUUGAUAGGCGAUCAAUCGACGACGCAGCAAAAGACAUAUCAAGACGUCUGGACUUUGAAACCAACACAUCUGGGAGGCAGAAACUCAGAGGGUCCCAGAGAAUGCUAUAUAGUUCAAACUUCGAUGACUGACUUGUUUUCGAGGCAUAAAAUCCACGACAGGCCCGGCGCUGACUCUCAAUCUUGGCUAGAAGAAAAUGACCAGUCUUUGGUUGGAAGCUAUAACCCCAAUCCCAAGAGCCAGGUGUCAGAGUUACAUAUAGCUCAAAGACCCGAGUUCAACAUCCUCCAAGGGAUUAUACAGAGACUCGUCUCUUCAAAGCUCGCUUCACAACGGGCCUAUGGGGAGGACCUUCUAGUGUCACUCAACGCUUUGGCUCUAGCGCAACAGACACGAAAAGUACAUUAUAGCAGACCACACAUUGCUUCAGUCGAGAGGGGUAUUACUCAAUGUCGCCAUCUCUUACGAGAGCAAGGAGAGGAAAUCGAGAAUUCGGUUUCGCAAGGUGAUGAGGGCUUCGCGUGGCUUUCAAAAGGCCAUCUUUGGCCUUGCUUCUCACCAGUUGCUAUUCUUGAACAGCUAAGAAAUGGCAAUAGAUUGCUAGUCCCUCGUGCAUUGGUUAACAGAAUAGUGGAGUAUGGGGUAGUUAUGACACGCCUUCAGCGUUACCUGCGGAUAGAAGAUGCAAUUCUUCGCGGAGAUGAUAGAUGGUUGGAGGAGAACUUUGAGACAGAGGGACACUCCAAUUGGAGCCCGCUCAAGUACCCAGAAUGGCUUCUCUUAGAGAUCGACAGCAACAUGCUGAUUCGACCUGUCCAAUUCGAAGUGGCCAAUGCUAUUAUCUCACCAUCAUCGAUGUCGAAUUCUGUUUUACAGAUGAACAUGGGUCAAGGUAAAACUUCUUGCAUCAUGCCCAUGGCUGCAAUAAUGUUGGCAGACACGAAGAAUCUGUGCCGACUGGUUGUGCCCCGAGCCCUUCUCCUCCAGACAGCGCAAAUGAUGCAGAGCCGACUUGGUGGGCUGGUUGGUCGAGAAGUUUGCCACAUACCCUUUGCUCGACGAUCACCUACCGAUGACCAAGCUCUAGACCUUUACCAAAGCCUUCACAAGAGAACUCUCGCAUCAGGAGGAGUCAUGCUGUGCUUGCCAGAACACCUACUUUCCUUCAAGCUAAGUGGGCUCCAGAAGCUGGCCGACAAAGAAGCAAAGAAAGCGCAGAAAAUGAUGGACAUCCAAGCAUGGUUGGAAUCAUCGAGUAGAGAUGUCCUCGAUGAGUCUGAUCUCACUCUUUCGCCAAAGACUCAGCUGAUAUAUCCAAGCGGUAUACCCACCAUGAUUGAUGGUCAUCCUCAACGGUGGCAUGUUAUCGAAGAUAUGCUAUAUUUGGUUGAAUCUCAUGUACCCCAACUUCAGGCCAAGUUUAAAGAUGGGGUGCAGGUAUGGCGACGACACCGGGGCUUUCCUGUCAUUCACCUCCUGCGUUCUGAGGUGGAAGACCAUCUUAACGCUCUUCUAGUGGAUGAUGUCUGUCAUGGUCGACUCUCACAUGUUCAAUUCAAAGCUGAUAAUAGCCUGGAUGCCACAAGCCCCGUCAAACUGCUACUCUCAACUACUCAACCUUCCGCAUCUAUCUGGGGAGAUGCAAUUGGGUCAUUGAAUGAUGAACCCUCUGGUAGAAAGACUCUCUAUCUUCUUCACGGGCUCAUUCCCCAGCGGUUGUUGAUUCUCUGUCUGAAGAAGUCGUGGAAUGUUCAGUACGGUCUUCAUCCGGACAGAGCUCCCAUUGCAGUGCCAUUCGAAGCUAAAGGAAUCCCUUCGCAAACUGCCGAGUACGGUCACCCAGAUACGGCGCUUGUUCUCACAUGUUUGAGCUUUUACCACGCUGGUUUGAACAAAUCUCAGCUUCUCCAGAGUCUUCAGUUAAUCAGCAAUUCUGAAGAUCCCUCCUCACACUAUCAACGCUUUGCGUCCUCAAGACACCUUCCUGAACACCUUGAACAUUGGCAUCAGCUGGAGAUGGAAGACGAGGCUCAGGUCACUCUUCUCUGGCAAUACCUAAGGUUCGAGAAGCAUGCCGUCAAUCAUUUCUUGAAUAACUUUGCGUUUCCGCAACACGCCAAGCAGUUUGGGGUAAAGUUCCAAGCCUCAGCCUGGGACAUCCCCCUGCUAUCCGAGAGUAUGAUACGGCAAGGUAUGACAACAGGGUUCAGUGGGACCAACGACAACAAAAACAUACUGCCGCGUACGAUUCGUCAAGACGAUCUGUCCACUCUCAUACAAACCAACGCUGAAGUUCUGGUACAUCUGCUGGAGCCACGCAACCAAAGAUGCUAUCAAGCUAUUGAUCCACACGGACGGCAUCUCAAUGAGAUUGGGAUAUUGGGACUGCUCCAGAACAACGGGAUCAAUAUCUUGAUAGACGCUGGGGCCCAGAUCCUUGAGAUGGAGAACGACCAACUGGCUGCGGCCUGGCUUGAUGUCCAUCACAAAGCCCAGGGGGCGGUGUAUUUUGAUAAAGACAGCCGUAUUAUGGUACGAGCUCGUUUUCAAAAGUCUCCCGUGCCACUUCUGGCUAGUUCCUUUGUAGACAAUCUCAACGAAUGUGUAGUCUAUAUCGACGAGGCUCACACGCGCGGGACUGACUUGAAGCUUCCAAUAUAUGCCCAGGGAGCUGUGACAUUGGGAAUUGGUUCGACUAAAGACCAGGUAACGCAAGCUGCAAUGAGAUUGAGACAACUCGCGACAACGCAAUCAAUCGCAUUUAUUGCCCCUCCAGAGGUGUAUACAAGUGUUUUGUCUCUUCGAUCCGUCCAUAGACCAAAGAUUGCAGCUUCCCAACCAUUAAAGUCUACCGACAUUGUCCACUGGCUCUUAGAGCAAAGUUGUGAGGCUAGUGACAAUAUGAUGUCCUUGCACAUCGCCCAAGGAUUCGACUUUUGCAGACGUACAGAUGCUCUAUUGGAUUUCAGAAAGUCCUCACAGAAAAAGACGAAGAGAGACAAGCUCCUCCAAGAAACUCAACAGCCUGAGGGACAGAUAUUGGAACAGCUCUACGGGCCAAGGGGGAAAACAUUGUCAACCGCCUUGAAAGCAUUCAAUUCCACACAUCUACAAAAAUUUGUCAAAGACCUACAUGAGCUAGAGGCGGAUCUAGUCAAAUACAAAAGGCGAGCAUGUUCCUUGGCUUUUGAUGAGGUGGAGCAGGAAAGAGAAGUUGAAUUUGAAGUUCACCAGCUUCGUGAGAAGCAGAACCCUACACAUCUUACAGCACUUACAUUUCCGGGCCUCGAAAAUGCCCUAGUUCAAUUCUGUGAAGAGCCUGAAGUAGGGCUGGAUAGCCUGGAUUUUAUUCCAGCUCUCGACUUGAUUGGCAAUACCUAUCUCGGACUGAAGCAUGGUAUCAAGGGAGGCUCCUCGAAACUGUUUGUCUCUAAGGAGUUCUCCAGAAUAGUUCAAACCUGGAAGGCCGACGCUUCUCGCCAACUUAUGCGACCAGUUGAAUGGAUACUCUGGAGACCUGACAUCGAAACAGCCUUGAUUGUCAUUCCUGAGGAAGCUGAGCUCCUUCUCCCAAUACUCCGUAGGAUACAAACCCCAACAACCUUUCUUCUUCCGUACACGUCCCCAUUUACAAGAUCUCUUUUGGAGGUUGGUACGCUUGCCUACUAUCCUGUACCGACUCCGAAGAAGGAGCUUGUGAUUCCUUCUUGGCUGAGCAUUGAGAUCGGCAUCAUGGCCGGUCGAUUAUAUCUUCCUUACGAUCAGUUUGCGCAGCUACGCAGCUGUCUCAAAGUCGGCAAAAGGGCAGAGCCUUUGGUGACAAUGGAUAAUGCUCAUCGUACCAGGAAACACAUCCUUCCCAAUUUCAGUAUUCUCAGCCCUCAAUCGCUCUCAAAAUUCCUAACCGAGUGGAUUUUGUAUCGGUCUCGGUCAUCUGAUAUUACGCACACCCCUAUGGGAUACCUGAUUAAGAACCGGGGUCUUCCUGAAAAUCAUCCAUUCUUUACUUCUAAACUCAAGCCAAGGACUAUAGAAACCAGAUCAGAAGCUGAUCAUGUAGCGGUGCUUAAGAAUGCAGAAGCCGAAGAUAGCGAUGAGGAAAGCGAAUAG